CCAAACACUCUUCUUCUUCAACUCUAUAACAUAACACAGAGAGAGAACCAAGAAAAAAAAUCCAAACUUUCUCAAAAUUUACUUGUUCUAAAUUAAACCCAUUUCUUGAAACUCGAUUUCGAACAAACCCAUCUCAUUGUUUUCUCCAAAAAGACUUUUUGUCAGAAUAUCUGCUCAGACCAAACAUGAAGAGAGUCAGAGGAUUCAAAAUCGGACACAGAUUUGUCAAAAUCUUCAAAUGGAUGAUUCUACCAAGAAGAAUCCAAUCAGGGAAACGUCAAUGCCCGACCCGAAUCACUAACCCGGUUUCAGGAAUCAAGUCAUUAGCACGGUGUUUAAGCCGUGGAGCUAAGAGAUUGUGUGGUGGUGGUGGAAAGAAGAAUUCGGGUCAAAGUCAGAUCCGAUUGGGUAAGGAUCCGAAAUCGUCGAACCGGGUUGUUCCGAGAGGACAUUUAGUGGUUCAUGUCGGCGAAUCAGACGGUGACACGCGGAGGGUUGUGGUGCCGGUGAUUUACUUUAAUCAUCCUUUGUUCGGAGAGUUGUUGGAGCAAGCGGAACGGGUUCAUGGGUUUGAUCAACCGGGUCGGAUUACGAUCCCAUGUCGGGUUUCGGAUUUUGAGAAGGUUCAGAUGAGGAUCGCCGCAUGGGAUCAUUGCCGCAGGAAGAGAGUUUUUUAAGAAGAAAAAGAAUAAUAUUAGGAAAUACUCAAAAUUCAAACCGGAGAAAAAAAUACAGAAAAUAGAGAAUUUGUGAAUAUUAGUUUUUUCCCUUGAUAUGUUAUA